ACCCGCGCUUCUGGGGUGGGGUGGCGCUGCUAAUAUGGCGGUGCAGGCUGUGCACCUGGAGGCGGACGCCUUCCUGGUCUGCCUCAACCACGCGCUGAGCACCGAGAAGGAGGAGGUCAUGGGGCUGUGCAUCGGGGAGGUCGACACCAGCAGAAUUGUUCAUAUUCAUUCUGUGAUUAUCCUGCGCCGUUCAGAUAAGAGGAAGGAUCGAGUGGAGAUUUCUCCGGAGCAGCUUUCAGCUGCUUCUACUGAAGCAGAGAGAUUGGCUGAGAUUACAGGACGUCCCAUGAGGGUUGUGGGCUGGUAUCAUUCUCAUCCACACAUAACUGUAUGGCCGUCUCAUGUGGAUGUUCGCACUCAAGCCAUGUAUCAGAUGAUGGACCAGGGCUUUGUGGGGCUCAUCUUCUCCUGUUUCAUUGAGGACAAGAACACAAAGACGGGCCGGAUACUCUACACCUGUUUCCAGUCAAUUCAGGCUCAGAAGAGCUCAGAGUAUGAGAGGAUUGAAAUUCCUAUUCAUGUUGUUCCCCAUGACACCAUUGGCAAAGUGUGCCUGGAAUCGGCGGUGGAGCUGCCCAAGAUCUUGUGCCAGGAGGAGCAAGAUGCAUACAGGAGAAUUCACAGCCUCACCCAUCUAGAUUCUGUAACCAAGAUUCACAAUGGCUCAGUGUUCACCAAGAAUCUCUGCAGCCAGAUGUCUGCUAUCAGUGGUCCCCUCCUGCAGUGGCUGGAGGACAGACUGGAGCAGAAUAAACAGCGGGUGCAGGAACUGCAGCGGGAGAAAGAGGAGCUCAUGGAAGAACUAGCUGCCCUGGAGUGAAGAGGAAACCCCAGACCUUUUUUUGUUUGGAUUGGACAGGAGUGACAUGUGCCUGAUGUGUGGUCUGUCUUGCCUUUCUAUGAAGAUGCUACUUGUUCCUCUCAUCUCGCUUCAUGUGACAGCUCCCAAGAACGCUUCCACAAGAUGACCAAGGGCUCACAUCUGUCUCCAGCUAGAUUGGAAAGCCUUGUGCUGCCUGUGUGAAAAGUCCACUCUGGGUGCACAAAGGAGCAAUCCAGCACCACCCUAACUAGGGUGAUUCAGCAGCACACUCUUGGGAAGAGACCAUAGCUCUAGGAGGGGGAUACCUAGUGAAUUUAUUUGGUUCCCCUCUCCCCUGUUGUUCAACACACAUCUUUUUCCUAUAUAUAUAUAUUGCUGGGAGCCUGGAACCAGAGGAUCAUGGGUGGGGUAAUAGCUGCAUUUCUACAGUAAUCACAACUUCUCUGUUGUAGCAAAUAAAUCAAGCAACUCGCUAGUCAUGGUCAGAGAAGGGUGGGGGGGAGGGUGCUAUGCCCUUGACACUGCCAAUUUUGCCUCCUUUCGGUAGCUCCAGUUGACAGGUAGUGGCUUGAUGUCCAGUAACUUUCUGGAUUACUGAUUGCAUACUCUUGCACGUGUGGUAGGGUGGGGGUAGAUGCGGCCAAGAUGAAGGGGGCUUAAGGUUUAUGCCUCCUGUAUUUCAAACCAAAUAAAGAAGGGCAAUUUGAGAGUGGAAAUGAGUUGGAUGCUGCACCAAACACAGUGCGAGUGCUGCAGUUUGAGUGUUCGGUUUCCUUCAUCGUCUCUCACUGUAGUUGUACACUGGUCACUGAGCUGCUUCCCACUGUUGAACUGGACUGGAUGGGUGACAUUGUUUUACAGAGAGGAGUAUGGGGGGGGGAGAGCAGCUGUGAUAGAUGAUGAAAACUUUUCCUUCCUGUGUCCUGAGAUCCAUUGCAAAGGUUUAUUUGCAGUAGUUAUUUUCAACUUCAGUGUUAAAUUACCCUUUGCAUUUUCCUCCUCAGUGGGUUUUCAAGCAGGGUUUACCAUCCGCCACCAGCUGCAUAAAUAUCUACCAUUACUGAGGGGAAGCCUGUAUCAAGGGCUCUUGCAUAUCCCAGAGUGAUUUGGAGACCAACUGCAUAUUUAAAAGCUUUCUGUUAAAACUCCUUGUAUUUCUGGUUUUUAAAUUGAAACCAUUAGCUGCUCAGAAAAAAUAGUAUUCACAUUUCAAAAAACAUAAACUGCACAUAAUACAGGGGCCCUCCUGCUGCAUAUAGCACUCGCUCUGGGUCUUUGGCAGCAUGUCGGAGCGAGUGAAGGACUCGCUGCCAAAGUGCUGCUGAAGGCCUGGUAGGGAACCGCCCAGUGAGUACAAGCCCCCUGUCCCCCGUCCCCCCCCAUCUGACCCCCACCCACGUCCUGCCCCCCUCAGAACCUGCAACCCAUCAACUCCCCCCCCCCGCUCCUUGUCCCCUGACCACCCCCUCCCGAGACUGCCCACCCUAACUGCCCCCCAGGAUUACCCCACCCACAGUGCUGGGCCACUCAGGUUAAGUCUUUUUAAAAAGGACAUGAUAAAAGCAAUGGGAGGUCUUCAUAAAACAGGAUUUAACAGAGGGAUCCAUUUGCCAUCGUAGUAUAGAUCAAUAGAAACAAUCCUGUGAAAGCUUAAGCGCCAAAUCCUCUUGUGAUUGGAUAAACACAAGUUAAGUGAGGCAUGAAGUCUGUUUUUUCAGAAGAACCUUACAUCACACUCUGGUAUGAAGUAGGAGAUGUUUUAUUAUUAAUAUUAUCCUGCCCCAUGAUCUAGAAUUUAGUUUGUACUCGCCUGCAAAAAAGAUUGAUUAGGAAUUGUCAGGAAUUUAUAGCAGCUACUCGGUUGAAAAUAAUUCCUCAUUGACGUGGUUUUGACAUGCUGAGUGCCUUGGCAUUUCAGGGAGGAGAAUCACAAUAAACAUCCUCCAAAGGC